AUGUGGCAAAAUGUAUUGUGUGCCUGCAGCUAUGAUCUGCGGUACUUGUCAUGUAGUGGUACAAUUUAUAAGCAAGAAAGGAAACCUAGAUUGUUGACAGUUGAACCUAGCAGCUUCAGCAAGUGCGCAAGUCGAAAGGAUUGCAAGUGCAGUGAGUUCAGCAGGUUUGUUUCAACAGUUUGCAACAGCUUGGCUAGAAACAGACAGGAAUCUUCAACUUCUCGUCGAAUCCAUUGA